AUGUUGCGUUGUGCGUACUUGUUGACUCGUGUUGACCGGCCCUACAUCAUUACAUCACGGACUUCGACACAUACACUGAUACAGCAUCCAGAACUUAAUGCGCACGUUUACCCAACGCUAUGUGCGAUCCAAACACUCACAACUCAAAAUGCACUUGAUAGGAUUGACGUCGAACUCGUCACAAACUUUUUAUUAUCGCUUCAACUUCCCUCCGACGCAUUCUCGGAGGACAGAUUCGGAGAGGCGGACACACGAUUUCUCCAUUGCUCCGUCAACGCAUUAUCGUUACUCGGUCAACUUUGUGCACUCCCAGGAGAUGGUCCUGGUCGGCGAGGACGUGCAAUAGCGCAUAUUGUGCAAUGCAGGAACUUUGAUGGAGGAUUUGGAACGUCGCCGGUGCGGAGAGUCAUGCUGGUCAAGGAUCCGGACGAGGGUGGAAUCGCCGAUCGACCGAACAACGCUGUAGUUGUGUUUCACACGCACUUCAGAUGCGCAGUUCUCAUUACUCGGAUAGCCGAACCCAGAGAGGAUCUUGACCCAGUGUAUUGUAUACCAGCACGUGUCACCGAGAAGCUGUGUACGGAAAGCGUGGAAGGCAUUGCCAAAGAGAGAGACAUGGCCAUGACGAUGCUGCAAUACCUAGACGUAUGGCUGUACGUACUGGUGCAAUUUGUGUAAUAACUGUAC